AUGGUUGUUCAUGAAGAGAUCUCUCGCCUUCUUGAGGUUGAAAAAACCCUGGAAGAGCAGCUGAAAGUCAACGCUGAACAGAAGCAGAGACUGAAUGAGCUGCAGCAGACUAUCCACGAGCGAGACGCCAAAGUUAAUGAGCUCGAGGAGUUCUUGGAGCAAAGAGACGCCCUCAUUGAAUUCGGGAAAGGUCUGCUCCAGAAAAUGGACAAAGACACCAAGGAUCUGGCUCGGGAGGUCCGCAACAGGAAAGACCAGGCCUAUCUGCGAGACCAGCUGGACCAAGCGGACGAGCAGCAUCAGCAAGAUCAGGAUCGAAAUGAGAAGCUUGAGGCUGAAGUUUCCAAAAUGAAAAAUCGACUGAUGCGGCAGGAACUGACAGAACAGGAACUCACACAGACUGUUCUAGAGAGAAACGCCCUCCAGAGUAAAGUAAAUGAACUGAAGGAGUUCUUGGAGCAAAAAGACGCCCUCAUUGACUUUGGGAAGGAUCUGCUCAAGAAGAAGGACAAAGACACCAACGAUCUGGCUCGGGAGGUCCGCAACAGGGCCUAUCUGCGAGACCAGCUGGACCAAGCAGACGAGCAGCAUCAGCAAGACCAGGAUCGAAAUGAGAAGCUUGAGGAUGAAGUUUCCAAAUUGAAAGACGAACUGAAGCGGCAGGAACUGACAGAACAGGAACUCACACAGACUGAUCUAGAGAGAAACGCCCUCCAGAGGACAGUAGAUGAACUGAAGGAGUUCUUGGAGCAGAGAGACGCCCUCAUCGACUUUGGGAAGGAUCUGCUCAAGAAGAACAAAGAGUUCAAGGAUCUGGCUCGGGAGUUUCGAAACAAGGUCAAUGCUUAUGUGGGAGACCUCCUGGAGAAUUACAUCCAUCUAAAGGAUCACUGUGUGGACUUGGAGGAUGCUGGGGUACGUCUGCAACAAAAACUGGACAAAGCAGACCAGCAACAUUUAGAAGAUGAAGUUAGAAAUACAGAGCUGGAAUCUGAACUUGCGAAGAUGAAGAAGCUCCAGCAACACCAGCAGCAGAAGAUCCAGGACCUAGAAAGAACAAGUCAGGAUCUGGAGGAGCAGUUGGACGAGGCGGAGAGAUACCAUAUUCAAGACGAGGUGGAAAACCUGAAGAAUGUGGGUGAACUUGGAGAGACACAAAGAAAACUGAAAAUGUCUGAAGCUGAGAACAAGGCCCUGAAAACAGAGAUACAAAAUGAGCAGGACAAGAUUAAGAAGAAGACGAAGAAGAGGAGCUGGUGGAAGUGUUGGGAGUAA